UGAGGACCUACAGGGGGUCCUCAUAUUUCUGUUUUUCAGUUGCUACAUAUUGCUGAAUUAUCCAAUACCUAAAAAUAUCCCUAUAAAAGUUAAUUGCCAUUUGAUACUGUGUCUAGGUUCAAGGAGUCAAGUGCCAACAUCCAACUAUUGACUUAGACGCUGAGGAUCCAGUACUGUCUCAAAGUGAGAUAGAUGGGGGUGUUCUUGAUUUGGAUCGAAUUAAUGACUACAAGAUUGAGGCAUUGCAACACUGGCUCCGGAUCAGAAGGCUGAAACUAAAAGGGUCAAAGGAAGAUCUUGUAAACAGGAUUUUAAAUUGUGUUAAAGAGGGAAAUGAAAAUAGGAUUUUCCCAGGAUGGGAUGGUGGCAAGCUGCACGAGCAAAAGCGCAGAAAAGUACAAGCUUCUAAGCCAGCUGAUUCUCUGCAUGUGCCGCCAUUACCAUUUGGACUAAAUGUUUGGAAAACAUUUCCCGGUUCCCACAUUCCAGACAUGUUAAAUGAAAAUAAAUUAACGGAUUACUUCAGCAAUAUACCAAAAGUAACUUUGAGUAAGCAUAAGGGCGUUUUAAUGGAGCUAGAGAAAUCUGAGUCUGAGAAUUUGGACAGUGAUGAUGAUGAUGAUGACCUCAGUAGUGAAUGUCCAGAUAAAAAACCAACUUUCUACGAACUUUGCAAAAGAGCUCUGGUGAUGUGUAUAAGUAGGGGAAGAAAAUAUCUACGUUCUGGACGAGUGUUGACUGUGACGGACGCAAAACAGGGAAAACACUACUUCCUGAAGUCGCAGGUACAUGCAUCAUUUCGAGGAGAGCUGCAUUUUGUUACAGCGACAGUUUGCUGUCAGACAGGAGAUAUAUGUGACGCCUCGUGCACUUGCAAAGCUUCAGCUCUGAGACGCUGUGGUCACAUAGCAGCUGUCCUCCUCCUCGUGGCAAAACAUGUGGAAAUACAUGGAAAUGAAGCUAUCACUGCCACAGGUAGGCCUUGCUGGUGGCUGAAAAAAGCACCAUGUAAGAAUCCAGAUUUCAUAAAAUUGCAGGCAAAAUAUAGAGGAAAUCCAAAAUAUUUUGAAAGGAGAGCAACGUUUGAUCCGAGACCAACUAAAUACCAACACAGCGAAAUAUCUGAAGAAAAACUUUCUACUUUUAAAAAUCAAUUGAAGGAAAAACUACCAAAUUGCCUGUGGCUAUAUCACUUGGUUGAUGAGCAGGUCAAUGAGAAUGAGGUGGAAAAUGAUGAAGAAGAAGAGCUGAAUUCAAUUAUGGAUAAGUUAGACUCUGUAAGUGAAAAAUGUUCCCGAAGAAUUUGGGAAAUGAAUAUGAUCAAAAAAGAUUUGAAUGGGCCAUUUGAACUACCUGACACCAGAGGGCAAGCCAACAACCCCAACUGGAGGAAAGUUCGUUCUUGGCACGUCUCAGCAUCAGCUUCAAAAACACUUCUCGGACUUAGCAAGGACUCAUCUAAGAUAAGAUUUUUCAGGAAGUAUGUUUGGGGCCUCGACUUAUUCCUGAAUGCGAACAUGAUCUAUGGUAUUCAGCAUGAGGACAUUGCAAGGCAAAAGUAUAUUGAGGUCGUUGGUAAUGGAGUGACGGUAAUGGAAGUUGGUGCCUUCUCCAAUGCCAAAUACCCUGCAUUGUCCUGCAGCCCAGACGGACUAGUCACAAUACCCUUCGUGGAGCAAGUAUUACUUGAAAUAAAAGUUAUAGCAAAUCCAGCUGUAGACCCCGAGCACUUUGAAAACUAUCUUACUAAAGAGCAACAAUCAGCAUUCUACCUGAGACGAAAUGCUCAAGGAAAGCUCGAAUUAAAAGAGAGCCAUGCUUACUAUUCCCAAAUCCAGCAUUCCUUGGAUGUCAUGGAAAUAGAGGUGGCACACCUUUUUGUUUGGUCAGAGAGUGGCCAUGCUUUAGUAAGGGUAACCAGGAACUUAGGGUAUUUCUAUGAACGAAGGCUCAGGAUUAUUGCUCUCCACAGAAGCAUGCUAUUGCCGGAACAUUUCUUGCAACGCACACUUCAUCAUCUACCACCAAUUGAGCUCAAUUACAGGCCGUUUCAUGAGGAUGAGAAUGAUGAUUUCUUCAUGACAUGAAAUUGAUAUGUUUAUGUUUUUUCAAACUUUUUGUUUUGUUUAGUUGGAGAUUUUAAUUUUUCAUCUGUGCCAUUUUUUAAUUUUUUGUUGUUGUUUUUAAACUAUAUCUUUCUGACGCAGUCACUAAUAGUUGCCUAAGAUUUGUUGUUAAAAUGUGAAUACAGUACUUUACCUGUGUGUGAGGCUCUAGUCUACGGCGGGCUACCUUUCGUUUAGGCUCAGGAAAUUUCUUUGAUUCCAUUUGGUCUUUGACCACCUAAGAAAGAAAUUAUCUAUUUUUACAAUCUUUCCUAUAAUUGGAAAUUUGCAUGUUUUAUAGCAUACUACUUACAGUGAUUAUGCUGUGUUCACUUUUACUCAUAUUUACUUGUGAUUCUUCUGAAAAAAAUACUUGGCUUUCUUCUACCUGAGAAAAGAAAAUUAAGUGUUUACAAUCUUACUUUUUAUAGAAAAUUUUGCAAGUUUUUAUUAUAAUAUACUGACAUUGCUUAUGCUGUGAAAAUUUGAACUUGUUGAGAGGCUGUUGUUUUCAUCUUGUAUUUCCUGAGAAUAAGAAUAGUUUUCAAAUUAAAAUCCUUCAUUGAAUGGAUGUGUCAUUAUUAAAGAAAUUUUGUAAGGUUCACAGCUCUUACAAGGCAUGUACUGUUCACUACAGCAUCUGACAUGAACACAUUGUCAACAUUAGAAACAUCUUGAGGGGACCAAGCAAAGGAAAUUCGGUCAGUAUUUUUUAGUGGCAUCGCCAAUUCUGAUUCAGCAUCUGAAGUACAUUCCAUGUUCUCUGUGGUACUGAACAUUGGCCUCUUCCUGGGACUCGGUGUAUUUGCAGCGUCAACUUUAUUUUCAUUCAUAUCGGGAGAAUCAUCCACCAAAAAAAUCGGGUGUAGUUGAAGCGAAGUGGCUUCUGUGUUAUCUAAAAUUGAGCAAAGAUUUAAAAUUAGUACGUUCUCUACAAAAGUAUCUUUUGAAAAACUCAUACAUGGUAUUUGCCUUGUUCAUCUUACUUUCAACAUAUUUGAUCAUGUCAUGUUCAAGAUCAACAGACACAUCAACAUAAAACUCUUCGUCGUUGUCUUCAAAGACCUGCGCCGAUACUAACACAAUUAAACAUCUUUUCAUCAAUGCGUAACUCAAACAUAAUUCCUCAAACUUACGUUAGGGAUGUCAUUAGUUCCAUCAAAGUGACAAGAACACAUAUAAAAUUGGCUGGGUAUUUUCGAUGGAGUUUUUUGAAUACCACAGACUUCCAACCAGAUAAUGCAUUUCUCCCUAGAAAUUGGAAACUUUUUCAUACGACAAUGAUUGGUUUUGGAGGUGUGAUGGGAAUUAGGAACUUUGCAAACUCGCAUUGUAACUUGGCACGAAAACCUGAAAUUGUUGUGGAAAACAGUGUAAGAAACACAUCCUAACCGUUCUUUACGCCACAAAACAGCACUUAAUUACCUUGAAAACCGCUUUUAUAAUUGUGAAAUCACGUAAAAGUGAUAUAUUUUGCCCGUCGGCA